UCAUCAUUUCAUCAACAGAUUUGUGUUUUCUGGUAAAAAUCGGGAACACCAUGAAUCUGGAGGGAGAGCUGAUGAUCAUCUUCUUGGUUUCUUGGCCACUCCUUUUCUUAUUCUAUCGUAUGAUCACUAAGCCUACUUCUUCCAAAAACUUGCCACUUCCACCAGGUCCAUAUCCAUGGCCGAUCAUAGGCAACUUCUUCCAUUUCGGAAAGAAUCUCCAUCACCGUCUCGCCGAGAUGGCUCAAGUGCAUGGACCACUCAUGUCACUCCAUCUCGGUCAACAGAUCUUGAUCAUCGGAUCAUCACCCAUCGUAGCUUCAGAGAUUCUCAAGACCCAUGAUCAUGCUCUUUCGGGUCGAGCCGUAUCACGACUGUUACAAAACAGGGAACCAACUGCUCACAACAUGAAUCUCGUCUUCACAUCUGAAUCCACCGAUGUUUGGAGGAUGCUGCGGAAUAUCUACAAAUCAGAGCUUUUUUCGCGGAAAGCUUUGGAAUCUUAUACAGAAAUGAGAGAGAAUAAGGUCAUGGAGAUGAUGAAGUACUUGGGUUCAAAGGAAGGUGAAGCCAUACCUAUAAAGCAAGUUGCUUUUGCAACUUCUGUAAACAUCCUAGGAAAUGCAACGUUAUCCAUAGAUCUUGUGGACUUUGAAGGAAAUGGCAUCGGUGCCAACAUCAUCGACUCGUUAAGAAGACUUGCAGUGUUAGCUGCAACGCCACAAUUAGUCGACAUGUAUCCCAUUUUGAGUCGAUGGGAUUUACAGGGUUGGUAUAAGCAAGUCAUGCAUAUCAUACAAGCAGACCUCGGAACUGUUUGGAAGGAUACCCUCCAAAUGAAAAGAAAUGGAACCAAUAUCUCCUCACAUCUUAAAGAUUUCACAGAUAUCUUGAUUGAAAAAGGCUUCACCGAUCAACAAAUCAAUCCUUUGAUGCAGGAGUUAUUUGCGGCAGGAACUGAAACUACAAGUGCAAGCACCGAGUGGUUGAUGGCAGAGCUUCUGAGAAACAAAGAGCUGAUGCAAAAGGUUAGGGAUGAAGUUACGAAGAACAUCGAUGGAAAUGUAGUAAAAGAGUCGGAUUUGGUUGGUCUUCCCUUCUUAGAAGCUUGCUUCAAGGAAACACUAAGAUUGCACCCAGCAGGGCCACUUCUGUUGCCUCAUAGAGCUAAAGAAGCAUGUGAGAUAAUGGGGUACACAAUUCCGAAAGAUAGUCAAAUCAUGGUUAAUGUUUGGGCAAUCAAUCGUGACCCCAACAUCUGGGAUGACCCUUUGAGCUUCAAACCUGAAAGAUUUGUGGGAUCGAAGUUGAGUUAUAAAGGCAAUGACUUUGAAUUCCUACCAUUUGGAUCGGGAAGAAAAAUGUGUCCGGGAGAAGCCAUGGCUUCUAAGAUUGUGCUCCUAACGGUUGCUGCUUUGAUCUUGAACUUCGACUGGAUCCUUCCCGAUGACAAAAAUCCGAACGAGAUUGACAUGGAAGAGGAAAUGGAUAUUGCUAUGCACAAGAAACAACCUUUGCGUGUAAUUCUCAAGUAUCGUAAGCAAGUCGAGAAUUGACACCGACAUCGUCAUCAUUUUCGUUCUGUAAGUUGUAAUAUUGUAAUUAAUAAGAUGCGGGAUGUCUUUAAUUUCUCUUAUUUAAUUUAAGUUUUUAUUACGUUA